AUGGACAUGGAUGCACCUCCACCUCCACGACGGCCCCUGCACCCGCAGCUACACCCUCCGCCUGCCACACCGCAUGUCGCGGUGGACACGGAUGUCCCCCCAAGCCCCGCAGAUGAUGAUGACAUGGGGGACAUCGAUGAUGGCGAGGUGUAUGCAGCGAUGCGUGUGGGGCCUGAUGCAGUGCCUCAGCGCCGGUCGCGACUGCGCCUACGGCAGCUGGACGAAGACGAGGAAGAGGCUGCGGGCAAGUUGGUGGAGCGGCUAGCAGCGAGGCUAGCUGCCAAGAUAACGGACGCUGAUGACUGGGAGGAGGCGGAGGGCUACAUCACAGCCCUCCCGUAUGCGCUGUACGAUCAACUGCAGCCUUACUCCCAGACACAACACCCCGCCCAACCUCACUCCCAGCGCCCGCAGCUGCACCAUCCAGACGUGCGUCCUGACAGGCGACCAAAGCCACACCAAGGUCCGGCGCAGGCCGUGACUCCAGACGGUCAGCGCCAAGGUGGCAGCCGUUCACGUCGUCGCCGUGGUCACUCCGGUGGUGGCAUGGGGCGCCGGCGCACACGUCCGCCCCGUGUGACACGUCAUCACCGUGAGCACCGGCUUGACGAGGCUCUGGACGCCAUGCAUGCUGUCCAGCGUAGCGAGCCGGGCAACCGCAAGGUUGUUGCCAAGGAACGUCGUCGUGUGGGGAGGAUCAACUCCUCUCUCGAGCAACAACGCCUCCGCCACCUUUUCGAUACUACGGAGAAGGUGUGUGUUGAGCGCAUCCUGUGUACGGCCCGGUCCAAGCGUGAGGCAACGGAACUGCCGGUCGGUACCGCUGCGCCUCCGCCGGACUUGGUGGAGCUGGACGAAGGCGCCUGCCCCAUUCCAGGGGUGCGCCUGCACCAGUUCUUCACGGCGGUGAACACCCCGGUGGGUGCCUUCGACCCCAUGGCGCCGGUAGGAGCCCCGUUCCGCACGGCCAUGGACCGCCUGCCUCCUGCGACAGUUGACAUGGCGCUGCUCACGGAUGCGCCGUCUUCGCAUGAGAUCGAGGACCAGGUGCAGCGUGCGCGUGGCGGUUCAAGCCCUGCCUUGGAUGUUGUCGGCUAUGACAUCUUCAAGAUGUUCACGGCCCAGCUUCUGCCCGCUCUGCAUGCUGCGUUCGCGCGCUGCUGGCAGUCCAAGCGUGUGCCGCAGAGCUGGAAGGUUGGCGUGGUGCGCCUGCUGCACAAGAAGGGCGAUCGGCUCGACCCAUCCAAUUGGCGGCCGAUCUGCUUGCAGCAGGCCAUCUACAAGUUGUACGCCGGCGUCUUGUCGCGUCGCUUUACGCGCUGGCUCGACGUCAACGGUCGCCAUGCCGACGCGCAGAAGGGCUUCCGAGCCAUGAACGGCUGCGGGGAGCACAACUUUCUCGCAGCCAUGCUCGUCGACCAAGCCCGCCGCAAGCAUCAAGAGUUGCAUGUCGUGUGGUACGACUUUGCCAACGCUUUUGGUAGCGUGCCACACGACUUGCUAUGGGAAGCGCUACAACGGCAGGGUGUUCCGCCCGAGUUUGUCGCUUGUUGCCGUGGUCUCUACGCAGACGCAGCGUUUACAAUUGGUAACGCUGUGGAUGGGACCACGGCACCGAUCGCGUUGAAGGUGGGGGGUGUUUCAAGGCUGCCCACUCAGCCCCCAUCUCUUCACCGCCGCGAUCGCCCCGCUGCUUCACGCGCUCAAGUCGCUGCCGGACACUGGAGUGAAGAUGUCCUGCGACGACCGUCCCGGUGCUGCUGCUUACGCAGACGACUUGAAGACAUUCAGCAGCACCGUGGACGGUAUCCAGCGUCAACACUCGGUGGUGCACGACUUCCUACGCUGGACUGGCAUGAAAGCUAA